AUGAACGCAGAUACGUGCGUCUCAUACUGCGAUAUGACAUCGAUGGAUUCAUAUUAUAGCACAGCCACCGCUGCGCCAGGUAGGGAGCACCAGGCCAACAACCCGUUCAGGACUUUCCCGGGCGCGGAGAGCAAGUACAGCCCCACGUUCAUGCCGGGGAAAGGGCAAGGGUACGGGGAGAAGUCCCGCAGCCCCUUCCAGUCCGACUGCCAGUCGCUGGAUGGCACGGAGGAGGGCAGCUUCAGCAAGUACCAGCUCUUCAUGCAGCGGCCGAGCUGCAAGACUCCGCCCGAAGGAGGCAAGCUGCACCCGGACAGCGCGCACACCGGGACGCUCGGUCCCUGCUACGGUAAAGACAACAGCGGCCUGACAGAGUCCGAGUUGCCCCAGAACGUCGACCCCCCCGGGAUGGAAGGCAGCUACCUGAACCUGAAGGAGCCUGGCGUGAAGGGACCGAACGAGCGGCCGGGCUCGGACCUCUCCAGCCCCAUGGACAAGUGUGAGGCUGAGAGUAACAAAGGCAAGAAGAGGCGCAAUCGCACAACCUUCACCAGCUACCAGCUGGAGGAGCUGGAGAAAGUCUUCCAAAAGACACAUUACCCAGAUGUUUAUGCCCGUGAGCAGCUGGCACUGAGGACGGACCUGACAGAGGCUCGUGUGCAGGUGUGGUUUCAGAAUCGCAGAGCCAAGUGGAGGAAGAGGGAGCGGUUCGGCCAGAUGCAACAGGUCCGCACACACUUCUCCACCGCUUACGAGCUGCCUCUACUGACUCGGCCUGAGAACUAUGCACAGAUCCAGAACCCUUCAUGGAUCGGGAGCAGCAGUGGCGCGUCCCCAGUGCCCGGCUGCGUCGUGCCUUGUGACUCUGUCUCGUCCUGCAUGCCCCCCCACCCUCACGGCCCCGGAGGCGUCUCCGACUUCCUUGGCGUGUCCAGUCCUGGAAGCAGCCACAUGGGACAGACGCAUAUGGGCAGCCUGUUUGGGGGUCCCGGGAUGGGCGGGGGAAUCAAUGGCUAUGAUCUCAAUGUUGAUCCAGACCGCAAGUCCUCCAGCAUAGCUGCGCUGCGUAUGAAGGCCAAGGAACACAGUGCAGCCAUCUCCUGGGCCACAUGA